ACGCUCUCCCCCACCGGUCUUUACGUCCCUUCUCCCUUCGCACUUUCCUGCCGUUCUUCCGCUUAUUUCUGAGACCUCGCAAGCAGUCGAGCGCAUACCUCGGACACCGACGAAGGCGUGUGGGCGCAUCACUACGUUGACGAAUUCGGAAGCCGCUGAAACCGCCCUCCCUCGCAGGCCGACUCCUGGUCGGAAUCAGCGCCAACAAUGUCCGCGCCCUACGGCUACGACGCCUACCCGAACACCCAUCACAUCAACUACUCGUCGCACUCGCAGGACGACGUCAAGGUCGGCUUCGACGACCUCAUUGACGAGUACUCCAGGCCAUAUGCCGCCAACGCCAACCACCAAACCUUCGCCGUCACCGCACCCGCCAUGGAGUCGCGGGGCCCCGACCAUCGGAGAGGGCCAUCGUUCCCGCUGGGGCAGAAAGUCACGAUCGCCGAGGGCACCAAGGCGAUGUCGGACGACACGCACGACCACUCGACGAUAGGCGCGUAUCCGCCAAUAACAACGGGCAUGAAGGAUACGCAGCCGUUCUGGCGGAAGCUUAUCCCAGAAUCGUUGGCGUGUCGACUGUACUUGCUCACUGUACUCCUCGAGACGAUAGUCGACUUGGUGAUAGAGGGCGAGCUGUAUACUCGGCUGGACCUCACCUACUCAUCAAGCGCUGCCUCGAAGAAGAUGCCGGUGUACCUCAGCAUAUUCGCCAUGGCACACGUCUUCCAGUUCGCAAUGGCUAUCGACGCUGUGUAUGCGCGGAAUACGCUGCAAUUCCUCUUCCUCACUGGUUUCAACCUUGCCCUCCUCAUCUACUCCGUUAUCCAAAUCGCCGAAAUUCGACAAACCAUCCUCAGCAGCGACGACAGCGACGGCCUCAUCAAUGUUUCCGUGAGCGUCCUCACGACCAUUAUCCCCAUUGUCGUCGCCGUUGCCGAGCUCGCGUACAUCUUGCUGGGAUGGAAGAUCUAUCACGAAUUUGGCUGGAAGGUGUACAAGUUCCUGGGCGCGGACCGGCGAAUCAAGAAGAUGUACGCGAACUUCCAGAUUUACGAGUGCCUGGUCAAGUUCGACGUGUUCUUCUGGGCGGGCUUCUCGGUGCAGUUCAUCUGGCUAGUGCUGUCAAAGGACGACUGGGAGUACUAUGUGACUUGCGCGGCCUUGCCACUGUCGGUCCUGCUCUUGGUGGAGGGGCACUUGGCAGCACGACACGAGAACAAGUGGAUGAUGGCUACUUUCAUGUCCGGCUGCGUGGGAGCGAUGGUGUACUUCGUGUAUAAGCUCACGAAGGUCUUCAUGUACAUGGAUGACCAGUUUGCGAACAUCUGGAAGUCACUAGUCAUCUUCUCCGGGGGUGCGAUCAUAUUGCUCGUGUUCACCUUUGCCAUGUCCAUUGUGGUUAUGCAGAACUUCGGUCGGGGGUUGAAGGACGCAUUAGCCCGUCGAAACAACACGUACCAUGUCCGUGGCGUGUCCAAGAGCCACGGGCGGGCAGCAAGCCUAAACCCGAACCGCAUGAGCAUCGACUAAAUGACUGCACGACCCCCGCCACGCACACGCCCCAUCCACACUCGCAAACUUGUACUGAUUAUACUGUCCUCCCUAUCGCACCGCACCUACGGACUCGAGAAUCGCGCCCGCGCCCACGUCGUAUUACUAGCUCUCGCGCCAGCACCACCACCGCACCUAAGGCUACCGCCCCGCGUAUCUAUCUUACCUAUACCAUAUAUUUGCGCUGUUGAUCUGAAUGACAGGCAGGGGCCAGCCGCAUUCCGUUUUGUGGAGAGGAACCCAGAGACUCGGAGGACCCGGUACCCGUUCGUUUCGCGGCAUCUGUAGAUCCAGGUGUACAUAACAUUCCUUUUGAAGCGUGUGGACUCGCAAGCCAACCAUCUUUCGUCCUCGACCGCGAGUCGCAUGGCUAUUUUCGAGAAUGUAUCCUUAUUCCUUUCGUACGUAGUAAAUAGAACAGGACCCAGCUGGACUGAGUGCGCGGGAGACUUUGGUAC